AUGAUGGAUGGUGUGCUUUUGGAUAAUGAAAUCAUAGAUUGGUCGAGAAGGAAGAAAAGAAGUUGUCUCUUGCUUAGGGUGGAUUUUGAAAAGGCGUAUGAUUCCGUUUCUUGGCAAUACCUUAGAGAAACGAUGAUUGGGAUGGGGUUUGGCAAUAGGUGGAUGCGGUGGAUGGAUGCUUGCAUUUUCAACAAUCACAUGUCCGUGUUGGUCAAUGGAAGUGCAACUAAAGAGUUUAAGGUUCAAAAAGGUUUAAGACAAGGAGACCCGUUGUCUCCGUUUCUUUUUGUCCUAGCUAUGGAAGGUUUAACCGCUCUCGUGAAGAAGUCGGUAGAGGUGGGGAACUUCAAACCCUUCAUGUAUGGGGAUAAUGAUGGUGUAGACAUUCUUCAAUUUGCGGAUGAUACUAUUAUUAUAGGCGAAGUGUCUUGCGACAACAUUUGGAACAUGAAGGUGAUUUUAAGAGGUUUGAAUUGGUUUCCGGGUUGA